AUGAUUGAUUUGGAGGAUUUGGUCUAUGGAGAGACUCAUGAUUGUCAAUUGUUCAACGAUGCCAUAGCAUAUCUUCGACUUUUAACGGCUUAUAAGUGUUACGAAGUAGUUGACUUAGAUAGUGAUGUCGGAAAGUUUCGUAAAUAUGUCAAACAUGGGACCAGAAGAUUUGUAACUUUUGUUGAAACAAUGAAGGAACAUAAUAUUGAGACAAUUGAUUUCGAUGUUCCUUUAGACAUUUUAUUGGUAUGGAAUGUUGUACUUUUAUAUCCGAGUAUUUCUGAUGAGAUAUUCUCUUCAAUUGGGUACAAAUUGCCUCCCUUCCCACUUAGCGAGAUCUCCACGAGAGGAGAUUUUGAACUCGAUUACGAUCCUGCAGGAUUCGAAGAGUAUAUGGAACCUUUUGAAUGCCAAGAAGACAAUAAGGUACCCAUAUACUGUCCUGUGUGUAAAGAAUUGAUUGAUGAGGUAGAUGUCGAAGACCAAAUCACUCUGGAUCGGUGUAGCUGUGAUUAUCCGGUGAGCGAAACUAGUCUUAAAUGGAUGUUCUUGAAGAGUCAAUGUGAAGAUUUGGAAGAUGGUAUAUGUGAAUUGGUUAAACAUAGUGAAAUACAAGAUGUUUCCGAAUUCAUGGAGUUCAAUUCUUUGCAAAAUGAUCCGAUAGUUAUCAGGGCCAGUCGAUUCCGAAUAUUGCAAUUCACUCCUUUGUUAUAUUUCCCCAUGGACUUACCACUGCUUGUACACGACUUUUCAAGAUUCUACACUUACUAUUUUGAUUUGGAUUUGGCCUCGGACUUAUCCCAAUCGGUUGCUCUUUAUAAUGGCCUCCAGUAUUGGUUGAACUUCAAACAAUUGAAUUUUAAGAAAACCCCAACCUUGGAACUAGAAUUUUUUUGGCAAGUAGAACUUUUAUGUCAUGAGUACAAAAGAGAAGUAGAAGAAGGUGAUUACCUCGAAACAGCUAAAAGUUACCGUGAAAAAUUCGACCAUGAUUUGAGUUUGUGUCCAUGUAUCACCUGUUCCAAAACCAGGGGUCCCUAUAACAAGAUUCCCGGACUUUACCAGUCUCUUGAAAAAGGUUUUACCAACUCUCAUUUUUACCGGACUAUAGAAAAUUGA